UUAUGUGAACCAGUAUCCUCGCUGUGUUACUUACACCCAGAGAAUCCUAAUCCAUAUACUACCUACCCUAAUCUAUACAUGACCUCUCCUUCUUCACUGCAAAGGUGCACUUCAGACUCUCAUUUUUCACCUGGACUAUUAGAAUGCCUCUCCUUAAGUGGUCUCCUAAAUUCCAGAUUUUCCUCUUACAGUUACUCAAAAAAUAUUUUUUUGUAUGUUGGCAUUUGUAUAGCAGUUUGUUAGAGUGCUAAGUGCUGGGGAUCUCAUAAAAUAAACAGGCAAGGUUGAGGUCCUCAUAUAGUAUACAGUGGGAGGCAGGUAAUACUUAGAUAAUCACACAAAAAAUUACAGACCAUGGUUAUGUGCUACAAUGGAAAAUACAGAGUGCUGUGAAACUAACAGGGGAACAUGGCCCAAUAUGUGGGGAGAGGAUGGUAACCGUCAAGGGAGGCUUCCCCCAUGGACUAACCUUAAGGCAAAGAUGGGGAUGCUAGGGAAGGGAGGAAGAAGAUGGAGCUUUCCAGGCAGAGGGGAUAGCAAGUGCAAACGCCCUAAGAUGGAAGGUUUAAGGAAGUCAUAAAAGCCAAGUGUGGCAGGAACAUGGCAAAAAAGAAGGAAAGUGGUACCAAAUGAGACUAGAGAGGAAGCAGAGUCAAAUCAUGCAGUGCCUUGUAGGAAAUAUUAAGAAUUGGGGUCCUUAUUCUAAAAUAAAUGGGGAAAGCCAAUAGGAUUUUUUUUUUAAAGAGACAUGAUCUCACUAUGUUGCCCAGGUUGGCCUCUAACCACUGCGCUCAAACGAUCCUCCCUCCCCAGCUUCCUAAGUACCUGGGACUACAGGCACAUGCCACUACACUGGCCUAAUUAGAAGAGUUUAAGUAAGUGGCACGAAGAAUUUUUUUUAAGAGCAUUAUGCCUAUCUGCCUACAAUGUAGUGACUGCAUGUGGGAAGACCAUUUAGGACAACAGUGACAACAGUAGUCUAAAGAGAGGAUGAGAGCCAAGAUUCAGGAUGGAGGAAGUGAAUGGAUGCAAAGAUAGUCCACAACUAAAAUCCAUAGGUCUUGGUUGAUGAAUUGGAUGUGGACUGGUGGUAAGGAGAAGGGAUUUAUCAAGGAAGACUCUUUAAGUUUUUGGCUUAAAAGCUAGAAGGAUGGUUCUACCAUAUUCUGAGAUACAGAGUAUUGAGGACUAAGUUUUUCAGGGGAAGUAGGAAGAGGAUCAUGCACCCAUUUGAUGCACCACUGGCACAUCAAGGAGAGAUGCCAAGUAGCAGGACAUGUAGGUUGGGGCCACAGACAUAAUUUGAGUAAUGAAUAUAUAGAUAAUCUUUGAAGUCCUGGAUGUGAGUGAGAUGGGGCUGAGGGGGGAGUCCAGAGGAGCUGAGAACAGGGCUUUGAUGAACUCCAGCACGUAAAGGCAGGUGGAAGAGGAUGAACUGGCAGAGGAGAAGACGCUGAGAAAGAUGAGGAAGGAAGGAACCAGAAGAGUGCAGUCCUUCUGGUCCUUCUGAACCAUGCACUUGGUCACAGCCCUCCUUUGUGCUAUUAGCCCCUCCUCCCCUGAUGAAGUUCAGUCUCCAGAGCAUGGCCUACAAGGCCCAUCAUAAGGCGGCCCCAAUAAACUGAUCAUUUAUUUCCUUCUUCACUCCCCAUCUCUGAUAUCCUAGAAUUCAGACACUGCUCACUUCAACACUAACCUCCAGACUUUGUACAUGCAUCAAAUGUUCUUUCCCUUUCUUCUUUUUUUAAAAAGUCCAAUGUCACCUCUUGUACAAAGUCUUCGGAAGAGUUAGUCACCUCCAAAUAAUUUCACUCACAUAUUUUUAAGACAAUAUUUAGCACACUGUAAUAUACUGUGCUGUGCUGGCCGGUGGCUUAAGCUUAUUUGGGCUGGGUUUCCUAUCUUAUAUGUUGUUUCCUAAAACUAAGCACGAUCUUAGAAGAUUGUGUUUGCUAAAUAAAUUAAUGUAUGAUAAUUAUAUUUUUGCUUUGAUUGACAAAAUUAAGACAAAAUCAGUCUAGAUUAAGCUGGCGUUGACUGCUCCCAAGAGGACAUUUGGCAAUAUCUGAAGACAUUUUUAGUUGUCACAGCUGGGAGAGGUGCUACUGGCAUCUCGUAGGUAGGGGCUAGGGAUGCUGCUGAACAUACUACAAUGUAUAGAUGGCCCCUGCAAUAAAGAAUUAUCUGGCCCAAAAAGUCCAUGACGCUGAGGCUGAGAAACCCAGUUUUGGUUUGCCACCUUAAAUGUUCUUCUAUUUAUACUGUAAAUUUCCUGUAGGAUAUUUUUUCUGAAUGAAAUAAGCACUCCAAAUACUAAUACCAUUGAUUCUAAGACCUACAAAUAAAUGUACUAGUCAUUCUUUAGAGCAGUGUUUCUCAAAUUUGUGCAUCAGAAUCACUGGAAGGGCUUGUUAAAACAUAGGUGCUUGGGCCCCACCACAGGAGUUUCAGUAGAUCAGGGGUAUCCUAUGCACUGUAGGCCUGAUAAUUUGUAUCUCAAGGUUUCCAGGGGAUGUUGAUGCUGCUGGUCUAAUGUCCAUACUCUGUGAACCACUGCUUUAGAGAAGAGCCCAGGGUUAGUUAACCUGAGGGUUUAUCACACUUUUCCCCAUUAGAGGCCAUGCCCAGAAACUUGAGAUGCAACUUCCCUGGGUAGCCCUGCCCUUCUUUUCCCUGUAUCUCCCAGCCAGGUACCUGGAGCUGCAUCUGUGAUGAUUGCCAGGCUGGCAGCACCUUAGACUCAAAACAUACCCCAUUCUUGAGCACAGAUGAAGGCUGCUAGCAGGGCAAGGCACCAAUCCCUCUUCCCCCAUUUAUCAGCCAGUAGGGGCCUGAGGUCCAGGCCCUUGGAAAUGAAGUAACAUCUAAAGAAGAUGCAUAUCCUAGCUCCUCAGAACACCUGUAUCAGAAUCACCUACGGGGUUUAGAGUCAUGAACCCACCCUCAUAAUUCUGUCAGCCAGGGGAUCUGCAUUUUAUGAAGCUCUUGACAUCAGCGGUUCUCAAAGUGUGGUCCUGGGACCAGCAUCAUCAUCACCACCGGCGAACCCGUUAGAGAUACAAAUUCUUGGGCACUUCCCCAGACAUAAUUCGAAACGCUGUGGUUGAGACCUCGUCACUUGUAUUUUAACACGCCCUCUAUGUGAAUUCUGUUAGCUCAAGUUUGAGAAUUACUGGUUUAAAUUAGUCUGCUUCUCAAGUGUAAGAUGUCUGCAUGUAGACUUCUGGAUUUUUCUUUCACUUCACUUUCUAGAUUCCUUUCCUACCUGUAUAUACCAAAAACACCCACAGGAAGCAAAGCGCCCCCCCCCCCCGCCACCACUCCCCAAAAGGCCUGCCUGUAGAACAUUUGUACCCUACAAAGGAGAGCAAGAGUGAACUUUCUUUGAAUCUGGUCAUUUGUUUGCAUGCCAGUCUCGCUUUAUCUAGCCGGAUAGUGGUCCCUGAGAGGUCGACCUGGCACUCUCGGAAACCCGAAGACCCCGGCCGGUAACCUCCGGAGGGGCAGUGUCGCGGGCCGGCUUUGCAGCGGGUACUGGGCUGGCGUCCCGCCCCGGGCUCCUGCGUAAACACGCGGUUCCCUCGGAAACGCUGGAACCCACGUCAAAGGCUCUGCCAGGUCCCCAGCGACCGCCACCCCUCUGGCCGAGCCCAGCUCCCCGCGGCGGCCGCUAGCCCCCGGCCCCGAGCCACCCCUCCGACCUAGCGGCCGCCGCCCCCGGUGCGGGAUGAGCAGAUCCGCGGCCGCCACUGGGCCCCAUGGAGGAGCCGCCGCCGCCGCUGCCGGCCCGCCCACCAGCGAGCAUGGCCUUACUGGGCAGCCCACACCCCGGCGCCCCCUCCGCGGCCGGCCCGCCUGGCGGGACUUCCUCCGUGGCCACCGCGGCCGUGCUCUCCUUCAGCACCGUGGCGACCGCAGCGGUCGCGGCGCUGGGGAACCUGAGCGACGCAAGCGGAGGCGGCACAGCUGCCGCUACCGGUGGCGGCGGCCUUGGCGGGUCCGGGGCAGCGCGGGAGGCGGGGGCGGCGGUGAGGCCGCCGCUGGGCCCGGAGGUGGCGCCGCUGCUGUCGCACGGAGCUGCGGUGGCGGCCCAGGCGCUCGUCCUCCUGCUCAUCUUCCUGCUGUCUAGCCUGGGCAACUGCGCGGUGAUGGGGGUGAUUGUGAAGCACCGGCAGCUCCGCACCGUCACCAACGCUUUCAUCCUGUCGCUGUCCCUAUCGGAUCUGCUCACGGCGCUGCUCUGCCUGCCCGCCGCCUUCCUGGACCUCUUCACGCCGCCCGGGGGCUCGGCGCCUGCCGCUGCCGCGGGGCCCUGGCGCGGCUUCUGCGCCGCCAGCCGCUUCUUCAGCUCGUGCUUCGGCAUCGUGUCCACGCUCAGCGUGGCGCUCAUCUCCUUGGACCGCUACUGCGCCAUCGUGCGGCCGCCGCGGGAGAAGAUCGGCCGCCGCCGCGCGCUGCAGCUGCUGGCGGGCGCCUGGCUGACUGCCCUGGGCUUCUCCUUGCCCUGGGAGCUGCUCGGGGCGCCCCGGGAACUCGCGGCGGCGCAGAGCUUCCACGGCUGCCUCUACCGGACCUCCCCGGACCCCGCGCAGCUGGGCGCGGCCUUCAGCGUGGGGCUGGUGGUGGCCUGCUACCUGCUGCCCUUCCUGCUCAUGUGCUUCUGCCACUACCACAUCUGCAAGACGGUGCGCCUGUCGGACGUGCGCGUGCGGCCGGUGAACACCUACGCGCGCGUGCUGCGCUUCUUCAGCGAGGUGCGCACGGCCACCACCGUGCUCAUCAUGAUCGUCUUCGUCAUCUGCUGCUGGGGGCCCUACUGCUUCCUGGUGCUGCUGGCCGCCGCCCGGCAGGCCCAGACAGUGCAGGUCCCCUCGCUCCUCAACGUGGUGGCCGUCUGGCUGACCUGGGCCAAUGGGGCCAUCAACCCUGUCAUUUACGCCAUUCGCAAUCCCAACAUUUCGAUGCUCCUAGGGCGCAACCGGGAGGAGGGCUACCGGACUAGGAAUGUGGACGCUUUCCUGCCCAGCCAGGGCCCGGGUCUGCAAGCCAGAAGCCGCAAUCGCUUUCGAAACCGCUAUGCCAACCCGCUGGGGGCCUGCAGCAGGAUGUCCUCUUCCAACCUGGCCAGUGGAGUGGGAGGGGACGUGGCCAUGUGGGCCCGCAAAAAUCCAGUUGUACUUUUCUGCCGAGAGGGACCACCAGAGCCUGUGACGGCAGCGACCAAACAGCCUAAAUCCGAAGCUGGGGAUACCAGCCUCUAAGAAAGGUUGGGAUGGCCAGCUUAUGAAGGCAAAUUUCCACUCGCAUUAUUUAAUGAUGGAAGAUUCUGGGGGAGAGUCGUGGAUUUCAUAAAGCCAAACAUUUAAAGCUACAGACGGGGGAGGCUUACCACUUUCCCCAAACAACAUAAAAGACAAUGUCCCUUCUUCAAAAGUGCCAAAAGGACUGUAAAAUGCAAAAAUUAAAACAAUCUUAAACCACAUAACCAAGCAUUGUGAACUGUAAGUGCCAAAAAUGACAAAAAUAACAUUCACUAUAACUGAAAAGCUCAUAUUAUAGGACCACACUGUGAAACAAACAAAACAUUGAAUGCAACUAGUAUUGUUCAACUACACAGAAUUUCAGGAAUGAAUGGAGACCCUCAGAGCUGCUUGAAAGCCCCUCUAAAUCGCUAGCAUCCAACAAAACUUUAGCUUCUAGAGCUUGCACCUCUGACAUGCUUUGGGUGCUUAGAUUGCAAGUGGAAAAGUCUUAUCCUUACACACAUUGGUGCACUUCCUCACCCCACCCCUUAAUAACCUUUGUGGAAAAUUUUUAAUUCAUAACGCGUUUAAAAUCAUUUUAGGAUUUUGAAAAGGUGGUUAUUAUUAGAUAAAAUUCAACCAUCUGAAGGACAAAUAGAAGUAUGAACAUAAAGAAAGGGCAACUUCCUGGGAGCUGAGGCUACUAAAAGGUAAAAGCCACAGUACUCAUCUGCAGAGGGCUUACAGCCUCAGCAAGGACCUUGUGGCUUUAUAACAACAGUCAGCCAUAACAAGUUUACUCGUGGAGAAGAAAAGGUGUAGCACUUUCAGAAGAGGCUAUCAAAGAAAAGAGAUGAACUUGGAAGCAAGAGAUGAUACGCAGGUAUAAGUCAGCCACCCAUUUGACCCAGCGUAAAUACUUAGACAAUCAAUACCUCAAAAGAUGAUAAAACCGAGGCACGGAGGUGUUUUGUGAUCACACAGCUACUCAGCAUGACAGAGACUCCAUUCCAGGUGGAAAAAGCACAUGUCUCUUUCCUCUCUGAGAUCCCAGGACUAUCUUAUUUUCCUCAGAGGGGCAGGUUACAAGAACUUCACAUCUCUCAGGCUACAUGUUGCAGAGCUUAAAUUCCAGAAAGCAUCCAGUUUGCAACAACAAGAACAAUAAAUAUAUGAGACAUGCACAGAAAUGGGAAAAUAUGAACUGUACCCAGGAAAAAAAAGCAGGCAACAGAAGAAACUGUCCAUGAGAGGGAUCAGAUGGCAAAUUUAACAAACUCUUUAAGGGGUUGUUUGUCUCAACAAGUCAAGGAAAGAGCAGCCCAAGAAUAUCAUCAGAGAUGCAGCUUUCCAGGCCUCCAUCCUGGACUUGCAGGUUUCAUAUUGACAUAUGUUUGCAAGAUGACUUGCACUUCCAGGUCUCCACUCUCCAUUCGAAGAAAUAGAAAAGAGAGAAUAAGGGCUUUUUCCAAAAAGUUUUGUCUUUCUAAUCAGGAAGACAUGACCUUCCCAGAGAUGUCUGAUUACAUCUUACUGCCAGAACUAUAUCGCAUGGCUAUCCUCAAGUGUUAGGGAGAUUGAAAAAUUGAAAGUUUUUAGCAGAGUGCAUUUUCCUCCCCCUAAAUAGUGUUAUGAUGAUCACUUUUGAUGAACAGAAUGUGGCAGAAGUGAAGAUGUCUUAAAUAUUAGGACAAAAAAAGGUAUUGACUGUGGCUUUCUUGUUGCUCUUUCUCAAUUCAAUUAUUCUGGGGAAACCCAACUGCCAUGUUGUGAGGACACUCAAGCAGCCCUGUGGAGGAGCCCACAAGGUGAGGUACUGAGGCCUCUUGCCAACACCCAUAUGAGUGAGCCAUCUUGGAAGCAGCUCCAGCUGACAUCUUAAUUACAACCCCCUAAGAGACCUGUAUCAGAACUACCCAGCUAAUCUGCUCCAAGUUUCUGACUCACAGAAGCUUUGAGAGAAUAAUUGUUUUAAGCUGCUAAAUUUGGAGCUAGCUUGUUACACAACAAUAAUAACUAAUACACUUAGUAGAAAUAAGUAUGGGUUCAUGAAACAUUUCAGUUAUAUAUGAGUGUGUGCUAGGUCUCAGUGUAAAAUGAACCCCUUCUUAUAGGUUGCAGUAAAAAACAAAAUGGAAAAUUCUGCACAAAACAAACCAAGCAACAGUUUUCGGCUCUGAGGUCUUGCUGCUGCCUUCCGGAGGUCUGCAUGGGAAUCAAGACAGAGGUCCUCUUUGCUUUCAGGUGCCCCAAACUUAUUAGUGGCUCAUGCAGCCUUUAUUGCCCCAUCAUUCUAUAGCUAGGCCAGUCACCAAGGGUGGGCAGCAAUACACAGGGCACAAGGACACUUCUCAGAGCUCCAUUUACAUCUAAAUUCUCCUUGAUUUUUUUUUUUUUUUUUUGAGGUAGAGUCUCGCUCUGUCACCAGGCCGGAGUGCUGUGGUGCGAUCUUGGCUCACUGCAAUCUCUGCCUCCAGGGUUCAAGUGAUUCCCCUGCCUCAGCCUCCCAAGUAGCUGGGACUACAGGCAUGCACCACUAGGCCCGGCUAAUUUUUUGUAUUUUAGUAGAGAUGGGGUUUCACCAUGUUGGCCAGGUUGGUGUCAAUCUCCUGACCACGUGAUCUGCCUGCCUCGGCCUCCCUAAGUGCUGGGAUUACAGGCGUGAGCCACUGAACCCGGCCUCUCCUUGAUUUUCUAAGCUCCUCUCAUCCAACCUGAAAACAUCUUUAUCUAGUCUUUAGGAUAGUCAUCCUGGCUUUUACAGCUUUGUGUGUUCUCUUGGACUUAUUAUCUUGAUUUAAAACCUCCCUAUUUAAAGCAGGGCCAAAAUUUUAACAAACCAAAGACCUCUCUGUUUUUGGCACAGCCUCCUUUAGUUCAGAAAAUCCUAAAGGUAAAGGAAGUCCUGUGCGUACAAGGAAAUACAGUGGAAAAAGCCCUCAAAUAAUAUUUGAAAAUGUUAUUCACAUAUUGUGUUUAUUUCAACUCAGAUUCCUUUCUCAUUCCAUUUUUAUCUGGCUCCUACACUCAUUGCUUCACAGACUUAGUCACAGAAUAGGUCACAAAUGACCUAAAUCCAGUGAAUACUUCUCAGCCACCUUACUUGACCUUGCCAAACAUAAACCACAUGUAUUAGUCAGGGUUCCCACAAUAGGCUGUCUGCAGGCUGAGGAGCAAGGAGAGCCAGUCCAAGUUCCAAAAAUGAAGAACUUGGACUCCAGUGUUCAAGGGCAGGACGCAUCCAGCACAGGAGAAAGAUGUAGGCUGGGAGGCUAAGCCAGUCUCUGUUUUCACAUUUUUCUGCCUGCUUAGAUUCUAGCAGUGCUGGCAGCUGAUUCGAUUGUGCCCACCCAGAUUAGGGGUGUGUCUGCCUUUCCUAGCCCACUGACUCAAAUGUUAAUCUCCUGUGGCAACACUCUCACAGACACACUCAGGAUCAAUACUUUGCAUCCUUCAAUCCAAUCAAGUUGACACUCAAUAUUAACCAUUCAUCAUGGUUGGCCCCACUUCCCUUUUAGAAAUGUUCUUGUCCUGGCGUUCAUGUUUUUACUGUUUCCUAGUUUUCCACUAACCACUCUGAUCAUUCCUUCCUAACCUCUUUCUCUGCUACUUUCUCUGCUUCCCCAUCUCAUAUUUUAAAAAUUACUUUAAAAAUAGGUAAUAUGUGCACAUGAUAUGAAUUUGAAAAGGUAUAAAAGGGUGCAGAGUGAAAAAUAAAUGUUUCCCUUUUUCUUCCUGCCCUUGACACCUAAAACCUGCCAAUCAUCAAGUCCCUUUUCCCCAAUCUGUUCCUCUUCAAUCCCAAAGUCAUUACCUAGGCCAGCCUCUUAUCACUAAUUUCAAUGUACUUGAUGACCUAGUUCUGGGUUCUCCAUGAGAAACCCACUUUAACAUCCAUCACAAAAUAUUUUGGAGUUCCCAGUUGGUCUUCCACAUGUACUUAAGAAAAUGUCUAUUCCUAUGGUCUCUGUGUUACCCUGCCAGGCACCAUUGUUAAUCCAAGUAGCUCUGCCAAGAACAGUAGCUAUAAGGAAGAAGAGAUUGUGCUUAGCAGACAACAUUCUUCAAACAUGGCAUUUUUUCAACUUUUUUUUAGUAGGCUUUAUUUUUCAGAGCAUCUUUAGGCUCACGGCAAAAUUGAGUAAAAGUACAGAGAUUUCCCGUUUACUCUCUGCCCCAACACAUGCAAAACCUCACCUGUUACCAAUAUCCCCCACCAGAGAGGUACAUUUGUUAUAAUCAAUAAACCUACAAUGACACAUUGCUAUCACCCAAAGUCCAUAGUUUACAUUAGCGUUCAUUCACUCUUGGUGUGGUACAUUCUAUGGGUUUUGGCAAAUGUCAUAACAUGUAUCUAUAAUUAUAGAAAUAUGUAGAAGAGUUUUAUUGCUCUAAAAUUCCUCUGUGCUCCAUCCAUUCAUCCCUUUCUUCUCCCAGUCUCUUGAAACCACUGCUACUGUUACUGUCUCCAUGGUUUUGCCUUUUCCAGAAUGUCAUAUAGUUGGAAUUAUACCAUAGGAAGCCUUUUCAGAUUGGCUUCUUUCACUUAGCAAUAUGCAUUUUAGGUUUCUCGAUAGCUUUUCAUGGCUAAAUAGCUCAUUUCCUUUUAGUGCUAAUAUUCCAUUGUCUGGAUGUACCAUAGCUUAUUUAUCUGCUUAUUUACUGAUGGCAUCUUGGUUGCUUCCAAUAUUUUGCAAUUAUUAAUAAAGCUGCUAUAAACAU